GGGAGCCGACCUCCUCCCCGCCCCGCCCCCCGAGGCGAGGAACAUGGCGAAGACCUACGACUACCUCUUCAAGCUGCUCCUGAUCGGUGACUCCGGCGUGGGCAAGACGUGCGCGCUCUUCCGCUUCAGUGAGGACGCCUUCAACGCCACCUUCAUCUCCACCAUCGGGAUCGACUUCAAGAUCCGGACGAUCGACCUGGAUGGGAAGAAGAUCAAGCUGCAGAUCUGGGACACGGCUGGACAAGAGCGCUUCCGGACCAUCACCACGGCUUACUACCGGGGGGCAAUGGUGGGUCCGGGGGCUUCUUUUUCCGUGGGGUGGGCUCCAGCAUCC